AUAAAAAUUAAACAAUUAAGGAAGAAAGAAGAUAUCCGAAAUAAAAUAAAAAACAAAGAUAAUUCAACAACAAAUAAGCAAAUAAAAAUGGACGAUCACUUUUUUGAAGACGAAACUCAUAAUCAUCAAGAUGUUUUCUAAUAAGAACCCAACUAAGAAGCACAUUAAUAAGCUGCUGGCGGUGAUCAGUUUGAUAACUUCUUUGGUGAUUAAAGCUAAGGAUAACCCUAAUAAACAUAACCUGAACAUCAAGAAUAAGAUGACUUCUUCGGUGGUGGAUAACCAGUUUAAUAAGCUACAAAUUUUGAAUAAAAUACUCAAAGCUAAUAUGGUGCUUUUAACAAUAAUUUUGGAAGCAGCAGCUAACCUCAAUAAAACUUUGAUAUGUUUGAUCCUACUGAACACACUCCUUAACAAAUUAGCGAACACGAAGAAAGAAAACUUAAACUCUAAAAAGAUGAACAAGAAAGAACUUAAAAGUUAAUUUAAAAGCAAUCUGAAGAAAAUAGUUUGAAGAGCUAAAGAAUUUCUGCUGCUAAAACAUAUCUUGCUAACUGGAAAUCUGAGAGAGAAUAAAAUAUUCAAAAAAGAAAAUAAGCUUGUCUUUAAGAAGAAGAAGUUUUAGUUGAAUCAAGAAAGUAGCAAACUUAUAAAAAUUCUUGGGAUAAGGUUACUAGUAAUAUUAGCUUAAAGGCCAGUGAAUAUCCUGGAGCCAAGGAUGUCACUAGAAUGAAAGAAUCUAUUCUUAAUAAAAAAUCAGAUUUAGCCAAUAACUGA